AAAAUCAAUCGUGGUCGCUAUUAAAAUUAUCUAGAAAUAUUUUUAUAAAUAGAACAUGUCUUAAGUUUCUCUUCAACUAAAAUGCAACCCUCUACCGCGUACGCGCACUGCGCCACGACCUUUAAUGGGCGCAGCCUCCCUAGAACCCAAUUACUCCCCCAACCUCGAACAGAGACUCUGUCCCUGGUUGACCUCGCUGAACGAACAAUCUUUCGACACUUUUGUCGGACACCUAAAAGAAAGUUUCGUAGCAACAAUGUAACAUCGCGCGUUGUCGUGGCGGGACACGAUCGAAAGUUGUUUCACGAAGUCGGGGAAAAAACGUAAUAAACUUGCUUGAUGCAUGUUUACUUCCGAAGUGUUUUUCAUUCGUGAAGAAGGUUUCGUGUCUUCGAACGGUCUUUAAAUGCUUCCCUGUCGUCCACCGAGCUUAUUCCGCGGACGAGUGUACGAUGUGCCGUAAAUGGUACACGAAGAAAGUUAACAGACUGUGAAAAACUUCGGAACAGUUUUAAUUAAGUAAAUAGGCCUCGAAUUCUGUCCACUUGAGACCGAUCUUGAAAGUAUAUUGUACAUCUAUGAUGAUCAUGUAUACAGUCGCGGACGAUCACAUGGGCGAUACCGAAAUCGCACAGGUGAUAGCAUUUAUAUGUGGGGUAAUAGUGAUAUUGUUGAUGAUAAUGGGUUUGGCUUCCACUGAUUGGUUGAUGGCAUUAGGAUGGAGACAGGGUUUAUUUGCGCACUGCAUCGAAGAAGGUGCACCUACACCGUUGCCAUUUAAUAUGCCAGAUCCAGCUGGGUGUUAUCAGUCCAGAGAUGCACCAUAUAUAAAAGCAGCUGCUGCCUUGUGCGUAGUAUGCUUGUUGUCAGACAUCGCUGCAACAAUUCUCACUGGGCUUGGUUUAAGGUCACAAGAUAAUCGUGAUAAACAUAAAUAUUACAGAUUUGCAGUCUUCUGCAUGGGCUUUGCAUUGUUAUCACUCUUAAUAGCUUUGGUGAUAUAUCCAGUAUGUUUUGCAGCAGAAUUAAAUCUCGGAAACCGAACAAUGUGGGAGUUUGGUUGGGCAUAUGGAGUUGGAUGGGGUGCCGCUAUAUUCUUAUUUGGUGGAGCCGUGUUGUUAUUAUGCGAUAAGGAAAGCGAGGAGAUUUAUUACAAAGAAAGAAAGAUUGUGCGCGAUGAUAUCGGUGGUGGCGGUUCUAUGAUUGGUAUGGGACAUCAUGGUGGACAAAGUGGGACGCAAUUGGCCUAGUGGCAUUGCUCCCUGCCCGACGUUGUUCUCUAGGUGAUUAAUUUCUUCUCUUUCUGUCCUCACAUUUUUGAUACAUUCAUCAAGGGACGUACACACACGUAAAGAGUGAAUGGUUUUUAUAUGUAGUCUACUUGUUACACCAGCAUAUAUUGGACUUAAUUAUUACUUCGAUAUAGGAUGUACAAAAACAUUCGAUCGAAUCCGUCAAUCGGAUGCUUGACGACAAAAGUAUUUGCGACUUGACUGAGACUUUGAUUAAGUUCGUUCAUUUGUUACCAGUUUUUCAUUCUCUCAUAUCGACAAUUUCGGGACCAUUGCUAUUUUUGGUUUACCACGAUAUUGUGUUUUAUGCGAAUUACACAGCCACAACUAUUUUUUUAUAGUAUUUACAUUGUUUUUUUAAAUUUACUAAUCGAUUUUUGAUACCAUUGCCAAUGGUAGCAUUCACUGUACAUUUCUUAUCUAAAGGAUCAAUUGAUGACGAAGCCGCGUUUACUGUUACUAUCUAAUUCCGGACCUAAUGACAAGUAAUGUUUUUACCCGAACUUUUGAGUUUGUGCUAAUGUUUCAAACUCCUCUGUGCCUGCAUUGAUAGAUCACUAUUGUCUCUGGUUAGCUUCAAAAGAAAAAGAUGGUUUCUGCUGCUUCAGAACAAGGUUUAUGAUAUAUGAGUACUUAACAAAUUUGAUGUCUCAUUAUGCUCGAAAAUAUAAACAAAAAUAUUAACAGUAAGCAGCCAAAAGAUCAUGCAAAAGGAAUUAAUAAGAUUAUAGGGAAAACACUGCCGUUUAUUAGUAAACUAUAGAUUAUUGAUUCUUAUGAUUGUUUUUUGCAUAAAACGUGCAGCUUUGAUUUAUUAUUAUUUAUUAUGUAUUAGUAUACUUUCUAUAUGUAGUAUGUACAUAUAUACACAUAUCUAUAUAUAUAUAUCUAUAUUAGAUGUUAGUAAUUUAUUGUUCGCUUUCAUUUAUUAUUAUUUUUCCUACUAUAAUUGAAAGUGAUAUUUGAUUUAAUCGAGUGAUUUGCGAUCUUGUAGCGACCAGUAUGUUUAGUAUAAUAUUCUGAUGUAACAUUAACAUAAUGUUCAUAACUUCUACUUCCAUAUAUUCUGCAAUGAAUUUGGGCCAAAAAUUGCUCUAAGUGUAUUACAUCUUGUGAUUACAUAUACGCACAGAAGUAUAUGAAUGAAACUAUGAAAUUCGAGUAAAACCAAUCUUCAGUGUCGACUUAACGAAAGCAUUUUAAAAGAUCAUAUGCUUGGGCACACUUCGUCGAUUAGUAUAAAUAAGAUUCUUUUUACUGACAAUUAAUAUAUUUUUAAAAGUAAAAAGUUGCGGUAUGAUUAUGAAUUAAUCAGCGAGUCACUAAUUAUUUAGUUAUAUCUGGUUUAAUCUUUCCAUAUUUUGUAUACGUUAUCCUACAGUCUUCCUUUUUUGCUAAUGGAAAUACGAAUAUUUGUUUAUAUAUGAAACAUGCAAUUGCUACCUCCAAGAAAUGUGGAUUUCUUAAACAAUUGUUUUCCGUGUUGAAAAUACACAAAGAAAAAAGUGGAUGCAUGAAAGCGAAGGAAAAAAAUAUUUUCCUGUAAUUCUUCCAAACUGAUGAAACAUAAUUUUUAAAGCUGGUUUCUUUAGAAGAUUAACUUCAGUUAUCAUCUCUUAUUACUUUACAUCAUAAAAUUAAGAAUUUUAUAAUCUUUAUUUGUAUAAAGUAUUUGUUUCAUCUAUUUCUAUAGUAUCUUUUUUACCGGACAGUAUAAACGACCGAAAUUCCGAAAAGCAUUUAACGAAACAAAAGAGCAUUUCGAAAAGCAAUAGUGCAAAUUAAAAUAUGUACAAGGCUGGUAUGAAUUUUCACAAUGGUCUGUAAAGAUUGUCAGUACUUCCAGAAUAUCUUUUUCGUUCUACAGAAGGAAAAGGGUUAAUACGUGUCAUAUCGACAGUAAUUUUAUCAAAUUAUUGACACUUUAAAAAAACAUGUAUGCAAUGUGAGAGCUGACAUAUGUACGCGUUAUGAAGUUUCCAAUGAUAUUUUCAGUACCACCGACAUGCAGAAAUGGUGAUACUGAAAGUUCAUUGAAUGUAACUGAACAAAGAUACAAUUUCUAGUAGUAUCAUACAUUUCAUAGUGACUCUUGUUCAGUGGUCAUUCCUUCUUCCUUUCUUCUUAUUCAAUCAUUCAAAUCGAACAAUGAUUUAUAAUUUCUACCUAUUAUCUGUAGGGAGAAGUUUAACUUCCCUAAAAGUAAAAUACAUUUUAUGUUGAACACAAGCACUAUAUAUUUAAGUGUGCGAUGGAAUAGAGGCAGCUCGGGCAGGUAUUAUCUAUUAUGUUAUCUGCAUUACAUACGUGUACGUAUAUGUAUAUAUAGGUAUUUUAUAAAUACAUGUAAUAGAAUGAUACACUUGCAGUUACUGCGAUACUCUAAAGAAAAAAAAUGGAGUUUUAAUGGGAACGAAAUUCAUACAUGCACUUCGUAUAACGCGGCAGAUCAAUCAUGCUUUCUGAGAGGGGGGGAAAAAGAACUGUAUAAGAUUAAGAGUUACAGUGCGUUUGAUUCUUUGCCGUACACUGUCGAUUUGCGCCUUUCGAUUUUGAUAUGUGCUAUUAAUGACAUAGAGUACUACGUAAGACUAAGUGUAACCGAGUAUUGAAAUGUGUUGAAAGCAGAACAAGUGAAUCGUUGAUACAUUAAUUAAGAUGUUUACAAUAUACGAAAGAGUAUUAUACAUCAACAAAGAGAGAAUUUAAGUGAUUGUAAAUUGAGUACAAUAGUAAUUGCAUUCUACUUGUCACUGGUAGUAUUUGUUAAAAAACAACUAUAUGAGGCUGGAAUUAGAAUUUUGGUAUGUUAAGUGAUAGUUUGAAAAUGCAAAUUGCUCCGUGCAAUGAAAACCAGAUUAGAAUUUGAAUUUUAUGGGCGGGUAGUAUACAACUUGCAACUGCCAUGCAUUAGAAUUGCAGUGUAGAUAACAAUCCAUCGUUUUCUACUGUAUUAUCACAGAAUAAUAUACAGAUAAUUUAGACAGCCAUAAGAUGAUUGUGUAAUUAAGUGAUGAUAGAUAUAUUGUAGAAUUAAUAGAGCACCAUUCCAGAGUAAAAAAUAUCACAGUUAUUUGUUACGUGUACACAUUCGCAAAUAAAAAGUAGAUUCUCUGUUGUGUACCUAUAGAACAAAUGUUUUAAUAAAAUAAUUACACAAAUUUAGUAAGAACCGUACAAUACUGAAUAGAAAUAUAUUUUAUUUUAUCUUAAUUUGCCUGCCAUGUUAAAGAAAUGGUAUUACUGUAAUAAUAAUAAUAACACGACAGAGACGAUCGUGUGAUUGUGUCAGAGAAUUGUUUUUACAAUGGUUACUUCCUAAUUUCUACAUGAUAAUAAGACAUUACUCUGAAACGUUAAUAGAAAACAGUUGAUUAUUUACCAUACAAAUGUUUGCAAACUAGAAAGUCUAUUAUCGUACGUAAUAGAUUCGCGUACAGCACACAAGGUAGAUGAAAAUAAUUUAGUCGAUAUUUACGAACAUUUCAUAUUGUACACAGUGUGUCCCGAGUUAUCUGAGAAUAGUCAGACAAAUCAUAAAAACUAGGAACAGUUCUACAAGGAACACUUCUACAAGGAUCACACUUGAUCGAUAUGCAUACAUAACAAAAUUCAAAAAUAUUGAAUUGAAACUUUGAAAUCGUUCCUAUCAUUGUACCUAUCUAAAAGCGAUACAGCUUGUAUAAUACUUCCCAACAAAUCAAAGAUAUUGGAGAAAUUCUUGCGCAUUUUUUUGAAUUUUUCGUGAAAUGUUCAGCUGCUCAUAGAUAACUGAGACACAUUAUAGAAAACAUAUCGUACUUAUCCAUGCAUAUCGUAGUAGAUGUCCCAGAAGGUGUAGAACAAAGAAAUUGUAAAUUCGUUUUCCUCAUCGAAAAUGUUAUGAAACGAUACCAAGUAAAAUUAUACGAGAAAAUUAUUUAUGCGUCAUAUUACAAUGUAAACAUAUCUUAAUACUGUACAAAGAAUAAACUAUAUACAUCUGAAAAUUGAA